GCCCACCCCGCGCGGGGACUGCGCCGACAUGGGGGACAUGACCAACAGCGACUUCUACUCCAAAAACCAAAGACACGAGCCGAGCCAUGGGGGCGACUUCGGGUGCACCAUGGAGGAGCUACGCAGCCUCAUGGAGCUCCGGGGCACCGAGGCCGUGGUCAAGAUCAAGGAGACCUACGGGGACACAGAAGCCAUCUGCCGGCGCCUGCAGACCUCCCCGGUGGAAGGUUUGCCCGGCACCGCCCCGGACCUGGAGAAGAGGAAGCAGAUCUUCGGGCAGAACUUCAUACCUCCAAAGAAGCCAAAAACCUUCCUGCAGCUCGUGUGGGAGGCGCUGCAGGACGUGACGCUCAUCAUCCUGGAGAUCGCGGCCAUCAUCAGCCUCGGGCUGUCCUUCUACCACCCGCCCGGAGAGAGCAACGAAGGAUGCGCCACGGCCCAGGGCGGGGCUGAGGACGAGGGGGAGGCGGAGGCCGGCUGGAUCGAGGGGGCGGCCAUCCUCCUGUCCGUCAUCUGCGUGGUACUGGUCACGGCCUUCAAUGACUGGAGCAAAGAGAAGCAGUUUCGGGGCCUGCAGAGUCGCAUCGAGCAGGAGCAGAAGUUCACCGUGGUCCGGGCUGGCCAGGUGGUCCAGAUCCCCGUGGCCGAGAUCGUGGUCGGGGACAUCGCCCAGAUCAAAUAUGGUGACCUUCUCCCUGCCGACGGUCUCUUCAUCCAAGGCAACGACCUCAAGAUCGACGAGAGCUCCCUGACUGGGGAGUCUGACCAGGUGCGCAAGUCCGUGGACAAGGACCCCAUGCUGCUGUCAGGGACACAUGUGAUGGAAGGUUCUGGAAAAAUGGUGGUGACGGCUGUGGGUGUCAACUCCCAGACUGGUAUCAUCUUUACCCUGCUGGGGGCCGGUGGCGAAGAAGAAGAGAAGAAAGACAAAAAAGGUGUGAAGAAGGGGGAUGGCCUCCAGCUACCAGCGGCCGAUGGCGCGGCAGGUUCAAAUGCUGCAGAUAGUGCCGACCCCGGCCUGGUCAAUGGUAAGAUGCAGGAUGGCAAUGCGGACGCCAGCCAGAGCAAAGCCAAGCAGCAGGACGGGGCGGCCGCCAUGGAGAUGCAGCCUCUGAAGAGCGCCGAGGGCGGGGACGCGGACGACAGGAAGAAGGCCAGCGCGCACAAGAAGGAGAAGUCGGUGCUGCAGGGCAAGCUCACCAAGCUGGCCGUGCAGAUCGGCAAGGCGGGCCUGGUGAUGUCGGCCAUCACGGUCAUCAUCCUGGUGCUCUACUUCACCGUGGACACCUUCGUGGUCAACAAGAAGCCAUGGCUCCCCGAGUGCACCCCCGUGUACGUCCAGUACUUCGUCAAGUUCUUCAUCAUCGGGGUGACGGUGCUGGUGGUCGCGGUGCCCGAGGGGCUGCCUCUGGCCGUCACCAUCUCCCUGGCCUACUCCGUGAAGAAAAUGAUGAAGGACAAUAACCUGGUCCGUCACCUGGACGCCUGUGAGACCAUGGGGAACGCCACAGCCAUCUGCUCAGACAAGACGGGCACGCUGACCACCAACCGCAUGACCGUGGUGCAGGCCUACGUGGGCGAUGUCCACUACAAGGAGAUCCCCGACCCCAGCUCCAUCAACGCCAAGACCCUGGAGCUGCUGGUCAACGCCAUCUCCAUCAACAGCGCCUACACCACCAAGAUCCUGCCCCCGGAGAAGGAGGGCGGCUUGCCACGGCAGGUGGGCAACAAGACGGAGUGCGGGCUGCUGGGCUUCGUGCUGGACCUGAAGCAGGACUACGAGCCCGUGCGCAGUCAGAUGCCCGAGGAGAAGCUGUACAAGGUGUACACCUUCAACUCCGUGCGCAAGUCCAUGAGCACCGUCAUCCAGCUGCCCGACGAGAGCUUCCGCAUGUACAGCAAGGGCGCCUCCGAGAUCGUGCUCAAGAAGUGCUGCAAGAUCCUCAACGAGUCGGGCGAGCCGCGGGUCUUCCGACCCCGGGACAGGGACGAGAUGGUGAAGAAGGUGAUCGAGCCCAUGGCGUGCGACGGGCUGAGGACCAUCUGCGUGGCGUACCGCGACUUCCCCUCCAGCCCCGAGCCCGACUGGGACAGCGAGAAUGACAUCCUCAACGACCUCACCUGCAUCUGCGUGGUGGGCAUCGAGGACCCCGUCCGGCCCGAGGUCCCCGAAGCCAUCCGCAAGUGCCAGAGGGCCGGCAUCACGGUCCGCAUGGUCACCGGGGACAACAUCAACACGGCCCGGGCCAUCGCCAUCAAAUGCGGCAUCAUCCAUCCUGGGGAGGACUUCCUGUGCCUGGAGGGCAAGGAGUUCAACCGGAGGAUCCGCAACGAGAAGGGGGAGAUCGAGCAGGAACGAAUCGAUAAGAUCUGGCCGAAGUUGCGGGUGCUGGCUCGCUCCUCGCCCACUGACAAGCACACGCUGGUCAAAGGCAUCAUCGACAGCACCCACACGGAGCAGCGGCAAGUGGUGGCGGUGACCGGGGAUGGCACGAACGACGGCCCCGCGCUCAAGAAGGCCGACGUGGGCUUCGCCAUGGGCAUCGCGGGCACCGACGUGGCCAAGGAGGCCUCGGACAUCAUCCUCACCGACGACAACUUCAGCAGCAUCGUCAAGGCCGUGAUGUGGGGCCGCAACGUUUACGACAGUAUCUCCAAGUUCCUGCAGUUCCAGCUGACGGUCAAUGUGGUGGCCGUGAUCGUGGCCUUCACGGGCGCCUGCAUCACACAGGACUCGCCGCUGAAGGCCGUGCAGAUGCUGUGGGUGAACCUCAUCAUGGACACCUUCGCGUCGCUGGCCCUGGCCACCGAGCCACCCACGGAGACCCUCCUGCUGCGGAAGCCGUACGGCCGGAACAAGCCGCUCAUCUCCCGCACCAUGAUGAAGAACAUCCUGGGCCACGCCGUGUACCAGCUCACGCUCAUCUUCACGCUGCUCUUCGUGGGCGAGAAGAUGUUCCAGAUCGACAGCGGCAGGAACGCGCCCCUGCACUCGCCGCCCUCCGAGCACUACACCAUCAUCUUCAACACCUUCGUCAUGAUGCAGCUCUUCAACGAGGUGAACGCCCGCAAGAUCCAUGGCGAGCGCAACGUCUUCGACGGCAUCUUCCGGAACCCCAUCUUCUGCACCAUCGUGCUGGGCACCUUCGCCAUCCAGAUCGUGAUCGUGCAGUUCGGGGGGAAGCCCUUCAGCUGCUCCCCGCUGCAGCUGGACCAGUGGAUGUGGUGCAUCUUCAUCGGCUUAGGGGAGCUGGUGUGGGGCCAGGUCAUCGCCACCAUCCCGACCAGCAGGCUGAAGUUCCUGAAGGAGGCGGGCCGGCUGACGCAGAAGGAGGAGCUCCCCGAGGAGGAGCUCAACGAGGACGUGGAGGAGAUCGACCACGCCGAGCGGGAGCUGCGCCGCGGCCAGAUCCUGUGGUUCCGGGGCCUCAACCGCAUCCAGACCCAGAUUCGAGUGGUGAAGGCGUUCCGUAGCUCUCUCUAUGAAGGCCUAGAAAAGCCCGAGUCUCGGACCUCCAUCCAUAACUUCAUGGCUCACCCCGAGUUCCGGAUCGAAGACUCCCAGCCCCACAUCCCCCUCAUCGACGACACCGACCUGGAGGAAGACGCUGCGCUCAAGCAGAACCCCAGCCCGCCCUCCUCCCUGAACAAAAACAACAGCGCCAUCGACAGCGGGAUCAACCUGACGACCGACACGAGCAAAUCAGCUACCUCUUCAAGUCCAGGGAGCCCCAUCCACAGCCUGGAGACGUCGCUUUAGCUGACCGCCGCCCGCCACCCAGGCCCCCGCCCCGCCCGCCCACCCGCCAUCCAGGCCCCCCGCGAGCAACAACAGGAAACCAAAUACUGGCGAGAAAACCCACCACUUGCACCCCACAGACCCCUUUCCUGGCUGUGGUGCUGUUUGAACUCUUUUUCACUUCGAGACAAGGAGCGGGACGGCCUGGGGGGUGCUGGAGGGAGUCUUGGACACCCCCCCCCAAAAAAAACAAA